AGCUGACUUUGGCUUAAAGGCUUGCAUGGGAAGAUAAACGACAUGGAAAUAUUUAUUUGGAGUUUUUUCUUUAACACCGCUUUUUGAAUUUUUUGUGAUUUGGUAUUGUAAUCGUAUUUUUUAUUUAAUUAAUGUUGCGUUCCAAACUGCAAUGAAAGCGUUUAACUUUUUCCUGAAGUGGACAUUUAUCCUGCUGCUGAGUCUCUCUUUAUGUGUUGGUGAAGAAAGUGAAGAAAGCCCAACUUCAUUAAACAAUGUGAAUCCUUGUUGCUAUUACCCUUGUCAAAACCGAGGGAUUUGUGUUCGAUAUGACAUGGACAGAUAUGAAUGUGACUGCACCAGAACAGGAUACUAUGGAGAAAAUUGCACUAUACCUGAGUUCUGGUCUCGAGUCUCUCGGCUCCUGAAGCCCAGUCCUAAUGUUGUCCACUAUAUCCUAACCCACUUUGACUGGCUAUGGGACAUCAUCAACAGAACGUUCCUCAGGGAUUGGCUCAUGCAGAAAGUGCUCACAGUAAGAGCCACCUUAAUCCCAAGCCCCCCUACAUACAAUUCCAAAUAUGACUACUUGAACUGGGAGGCGUAUUCCAACAUCACCUACUACACAAGGAUUCUGCCACCAGUCCCUCAGGACUGCCCCACAUCAAUGGGAACCAAAGGAAAAAUGAAGCUUCCAGACCCCAAGCUUCUUGUAGAGAAGUUCAUGUUAAGACGGAAUUUCAGGCUGGACCCUCAGGGAACAAAUUUAAUGUUCGCCUUUUUCGCUCAGCACUUCACGCACCAGUUCUUCAAGACUCACAACCGUGUGGGACUUGGGUUCACAAAAGGUCUAGGUCAUGGGGUGGAUGCUGGACACAUUUAUGGAGAUUCUCUUGAUCGCCAGCUGGACCUCAGACUGCAUAAAGAUGGGAAAUUGAAGUACCAGGUUGUCAGUGGUGAGAUAUACCCCCCUACUGUGCUAGAUGCACAGGUCAAAAUGAGCUACCCACCGUCUGUACCUCCGGAGAAGCAGUUGGCCAUUGGACAAGAGGUGUUUGGACUGCUGCCGGGUCUCAGUAUGUACGCCACCUUGUGGCUGCGUGAGCACAACCGUGUGUGUGAUAUCCUGAAACAAGAACAUCCGACCUGGGGGGAUGAGCAGCUGUUUCAGACUGCCAGGCUAAUCAUUAUAGGCGAGACCAUUCGUAUUGUGAUCGAGGACUAUGUGCAGCAUCUGAGCGGUUACCGGCUGAAGCUCCGGUUUGAUCCCAAGAUGCUGUUCACCUCACAGUUCCAGUACCAGAACCGCAUUGCUGUGGAGUUCAGUCAGCUUUACCACUGGCACCCGCUCAUGCCUGACAGCUUCCACAUCGAUGGAGAUGACAUUCAGUACCCUCAGUUUCUUUUCAACACCUCUAUCCUCACCCACUACGGGGUGGAGAAGUUGGUUGAGGCCUUCUCAACCCAACCCGCAGGACAGAUUGGAGGUGGUCAUAAUAUUCACCCAGCGGUGUGCAAAGUAGCUGAGGGGGUCAUCAUUGAAUCGAGGGAGCUUCGACUUCAGCCCUUCAAUGAGUAUCGCAAGAGAUUCAAUCUGAAACCCUAUACGUCAUUCUCAGAAUUUACAGGAGACGAAGAAAUGGCUAAAGAACUAGAAGAACUCUACGGUGAUAUUGAUGCGCUGGAGUUCUACCCAGCUCUUCUUCUAGAGAAGACACGACCUGGUGCGAUAUUUGGCGAAAGCAUGGUCGAAAUGGGAGCCCCAUUUUCCCUAAAAGGCCUGAUGGGAAAUCCCAUUUGCUCCCCUGACUACUGGAAGCCCAGUACAUUUGGGGGGCAGACAGGCUUUGAUAUAGUAAACUCUGCUACUUUGAAGAGACUGGUUUGCCUCAAUACAAAACGGUGUCCUUAUGUAUCUUUCCAUACUCCUCCAUCAGAUUAUAAACAACAGAGGACAUCUCACGGUGAACUUUAGCACAGUGUACUUCUCGAAUCUGUUUUAAGUCAUAGACCACAAUUUUGAUAUUUAAUAAGCAGCUUAAUGAUAUUCAAGUAAUUGGAUAAAAUGAAUUAACUUGUAAACCAGAAAUGAACCAGUAAUACGAGUUAUUAGAGAGUUGUUAUUUGUUACAAGGUGAUUGAAGAAUCAUUUUUCAUAAUAUUACAAUACAAUUGGGUAACACUUUACAACAAGGUUCAUUAGUUAACAUUAAUGUAUUAACUAACAUGAACUAACCAUGAGCAAUACAUUUGUUACUGUAUUUGUUAAUCUUUGUUAACGUUAGUUAAUAAAAAAUACAGCUGUUCAUGUUAGUUCACAGUGCAUUAACUAAUGUUAACAAGAUUUGUAUAAUGUAUUAGUAAAUGUUGAAAUUAACAGUAACACAUAUUAAUAAAUGCUGUAUGCGUGCAGUUCAUUAUUAGUGCUAACAAACUAAUGAACCUUAUUGUAAAGUGUUACCAUACUGAAUGCUUUUGCAAUAUGAAAUAAUGUUCAGAAAGAACACACAUGAGUAUUUUAUGGACUUAAUUGA